UUGCAACCAAGGCCAAACGGGGCCUAUAUACUCACUGAUGGAUGGCCCUCGGACAGUUUGAUAAUCAGUUAGUUUACAACAUGACCGAGGUAGCGAGAAGAGACUUGGGUGUGGGGCCGGGUGGGGUGCGGAACGUGGCAGUCUGGGCUAGUUACAAUUCUAAUUCUAUGGCUGUAGCGGCAGUGGUCAGUCCAAGUGCCCACUUGCAGACCACAGUAACACACCGGUCCCCCCGGGUCCCAGAGUUCUCCAAGGACGAAGUGGCGGAUCACUGCGAGAUCCACUCCUGUUGGAUCAUCGUCUGCGAUAAAGUGUACGAUGUUACGAAUUUCACACGAGAGCAUCCUGGGGGUUUGGAUGUAAUCAUGGAGUAUGGGGGGAGAGACGCUACGGUAGCGUUCAUGGACAAGGGCCACAGCAACGACGCGUGGAUAGUACUGUCCGACUACUACAUCGGGGAAUUAGUCAAAAAGGACAGGAUUAACAAGUGACAUGUUUGUACUACGCCUUGACGCCCAUUAUUCAGGACUAAUUUCGUUUUGGAGUCAUGAAGAAAAUACGUAUAUACAUGCAUAUACACCUCCAGCGCUCUAUACAUUUAUAAAUUGUAACUUUUCUAUCUUUUAAAUUUUAAACUAGUAUUUAUAUGCUUUAGAGAUGACUGCACAUCCUGAUGUAUAUAUUAGCAUACAUGUAUAUUUGAGAACUUUUAUUUUUGCUUUUUUUUAUGGAAUGAAAUUUGCAUUAAUUGUUGAUUAAUGGACCUAUGUACAGCACCUAAUUUACAAUUCAUUCAAACGUCUCAUUUAUAUUCACAUACACUACAAAAAUAUGUGUAUUUAAACAUGAUAAUGGCAUGAUGUGAAAUCCGUUAUAUGAAGAUUGUGUUACAUAAUUUAUAUUACCGGUAAAUACCCUUUAUUUUUUCUCGUUAUUCAAGUUUGUUUUGUUGUUGUUAUUUGAAUUUUUUGUUAACUCUGUUUAUAUUGUAUAUACAAUUCUAUAAUUCAACUUGUUUUUGCUUGUUUGUUGUUUUUUAAUUAUAUAAUAAAACUAAAAAAUGAA